AUGGGGCAGCCCAGGGCUGUGGGGAACGCAGAGGCGGCGUCGGCGCGGCUUCCUCUUGUGCUCACCGCGCUGUGGGCCGCGGCCGUGGGCCUGGAGCUGGCCUACGUGCUGGUACUGGGUCCCGGGCCGCCCCCACUGGGACCCUUGGCCCGGACCUUGCAGCUUGCGCUGGCAACCUUUCAGCUGCUCAACCUACUGGGCAACGUGGGGCUCUUCCUGCGCUCGGACCCCAGCAUCCGGGGUGUGAUGCUGGCCGGCCGUGGUCUGGGCCAGGGCUGGGCUUACUGCUACCAGUGCCAAAGCCAGGUGCCACCGCGCAGCGGGCAUUGCUCUGCCUGCCGCAUCUGCAUCCUUCGCCGGGACCACCACUGCCGCCUGCUGGGCCGCUGCGUGGGCUUCCACAACUACCGGCCCUUCCUGUGUCUGCUGCUUCACGCCGCAGGCGUCCUGCUGCACGUCUCUGUGCUGCUGGGCCCUGCCCUGUCAGCCCUGCUGCGAGCCCACACACCCCUCCACACUGCCGCCCUCCUCCUGCUGCCCUGGCUCAUGCUGCUCACAGGCAGAGUGUCUCUGGCGCAGUUCGCGCUGGCCUUCGUGACCGACACGUGUGUGGCGGGUGCACUGUUGUGCGGGGCUGGACUGCUCUUCCAUGGGAUGUUGCUGCUGAGGGGCCAGACCACGUGGGAGUGGGCUCGGGGCCAGCACUCUUACGACCUGGGCCUCUCCCACAACCUGCAGGUGGCCCUGGGGCCCCGCUGGGUCCUUGUCUGGCUCUGGCCCUUCCUGGCCUCCCCGUUGCCGGGGGACGGCAUCACCUUCCAGACCACAGCUGAUGUGGGACUCAUGGCUUCCUGACUCCAGGAAGAGCCUGAGCUGUACAAGAAGUGGGGAAUAGGAGAGGGGACUCAGAUAACUCAUUUCAGGCCCACCCCCAGCCUCAGAAGGGGCGGCAGGCUGGUAC